AAUGGAUGAUGAGAAUGAUGAAUUAUUAAAAAAAAAGGAACAAUAUAAUAGUAAUGAGAUAGAAAAUGUUAUACCUCCAGAAUGGCUUGAAAUUUGGAAUAUGCACGAUGUUUUGGUUACCCAUAAUAAAGCUUACUUUUAUACUAAUAAUGACAAUUCAUUCUUUUGGAUUGAAGAUAAAGAGUCCAUUAUUAAGAAAAAAGGCCAAAG